UCAAACUUACCAGAAAUGAUCCUGAAAUGGUUCUAAUCAUCGUUAUUAUUUGGGUGGAUCCAAAAUCCAAGAUGGCCGCCAUGGCCAGCAGUGCCACUAUACUCCUGCAGAGAAUGUAUACUACAAUAGUAUAAGGGUCUUUAGUCAGAUGACCGUUAAGGCCCAUGGGCCUCUUGUUCUCAUGAAGGAGGCCCAAGCUACAUGUAGGUCAUGAUAUUUAGCCAACAGCCUGCUUGGAUGAAGUGCUGUCAAGUUGAUCAAAGGUCACAGUAGACAAAUGUUUCAAACUCUUAAAACAAUUUCUUUUUAAUAACCUUGCAAGAAGCCUAGGGUCAUGAUACACAAGUUAGUGUAAUAGCAUGCUGGGAUGAAUGACUGAAAAGAUGACCAUGAAGUACAUUUUGGGUAACAAGUGAAGGCCAAAAAAAUCAACCUACUACCAUGAGGCCUGAGUUCAUGAUAUUGGACUACUAUCAUACAGUGGCAGAGACCUAUAGUAUAUAGGUCUCUGACAGUGGUAAAUUAAAGGCUUAAUCAAAUGAAUUACGUUGACCUGCUUGCGAAAUCACAGGUGUCAAAUUUGUUAAAAAUCGUCGACUCGUUUGACCACACAUAGUACGACUGUACAACAGAAUUGGUGAUAAAAGUCUUGUGACAUUUUCCAGUACAGUCUUAUACAACUACAUUAUCACAAACACGAUAAGGAGCGCCCUGUGUAUUGCCAUUCCAACCCGAGUUCUGCUUUGAGGACACCGGGGAAAUAGGUGGAAAUGACACGAAUCAUAUUGUUGUUUUGGAAUGUAGUGGCGAUCCUCGCCUUGGCGCCAUCCGAAGAACACUUCGAAAAUCGCAUGAAAGAAAUGGAACAGAAAUUUGCAUCUGAGCUACAAGCGAUUCGUGAAGAGUUUGAAUUAAAAUUAAAUGCAUGUGUCAAUAGUAAAAGUCUAUCGGAUAACACCAGAGUUCGACGGGUGGUAAAUGAUGUAGAACCGGUUAUAGCGUUCUCCUCAAAACUCGGCACGGGGAAGGAUCAUCUUGGUAUACAUCAGACACUGAUUUUCGAAGGAAAUAUCAUGAACGAAGGCGCGGCGUACAGCAACACAACUGGCGUGUUCACCUGCCCGAAAGCUGGGAUGUACUACUUCUCUGUUACCGUAAUGGUUUGGCCACAUGACCAAUUCGAAACGGAGUUGGUCCACAAUGGCAAUAACAUAAUGGUAAACUAUGCCGCGGGGGAAACGUUUCAUAAUCAGGCUACUAAUUCUGUAGUGAUUCGUCUGGACGUUGGUGAUCAGGUUUGGGUUCGGAUACUGAAAAACUCAGGCGUCAACACCGGGAACAUACGUAUUCAUGGAGGGGGCUGGACCACAUUUACAGGAUUCCGAAUCCAGUGAAGACUGUAACAUGCGAAAUAAACAUUGACUCAUGUUUUCAGUUACUUGAUAUGUGCAUAGGAAAAGAAAUAAGACCCCCAUUUCAUCAAUUACAAAUACAAAUAUAAUGUACACAUAAUGUAAGGAAAAUUCCUAGCCAAGGUUACACCUUUAAUACAUGUACUUUCUUGUGGAAUAAAAUAUGUUAAGGAA